UUCCUAGACAACAAUAAAAACAAAGACGAACAUGGCUAGCUCAGUCGAGGUUAAACAAAUCACUCUCAUCACUCCUUCAGAGCCAACUCCCACUCAAACCCUCAGCCUUUCUGCUCUAGAUUCUCAGCUCUUCCUCAGAUUUCCCAUUGAAUACCUCCUCACCUACGAGCCAUCUCACGGCUCAGACAAAUCCACAACCAUAGCUCAGAUCAAGCUAGCCCUGGCUCGAGCCCUGGUCCCAUACUAUCCCCUAGCCGGUCGAGUCAGGGCUCGACAACACGGCUCUGGGCUCGAAGUUGUGUGCCAAGCCCAAGGUGCUGUGUUCAUUGAAGCAGAAUCUAGUGCAGAUAUCUCGGAUUUCGAGGUGGUCCCACUCUACGUCACGGAAAGACGGAAGAUGCUGUCGUUACACGUGGUGGAUGUUUUGAGGGGGGACCCACUUUUGGUGGUACAGCUGACGUGGCUACUUCAUGGCGCGGUUGCGCUUGGAGUGGGCUUUAGUCAUUGCAUGUGUGAUGGGGUGGGGAGUGUUGAGUUUCUUAACUCGUUCGCUGAGUUCGCGCGACUCGGUAAGUCGAAUGCUAAGCCUGUGUGGGAUAGACACUUGCUGGAUCCGAGUCAUUAUGGUUCUGACUCAGUAGGGCAUCCCGAGUUCCACCGAGUCGCGGACCUUUGUGGGUUCAUGUCACGUUUUUCUCACGACAAACUCACUCCGACUUCGGUUACUUUCGAUAAAAUUUCGUUGAGUGAGUUGAAGCGUGUCGCGUUAACGAGUCGAGUCGAGACGGUAUCGUACACUUCGUUCGAAGUACUUUCGGCUCAUAUAUGGAGAAGCUGGGCCAAAGCGCUUAACUUCCCACCUAAUCAAAUUUUGAAAUUAUUAUUCAGCAUAAAUAUCCGCAAACGAGUCGAGCCGAGUUUACCUGAUAAAUUUUACGGAAACGCAAUUGUCCUCGGCUGCGCCCAAACAACCGCUAAAAAUCUGACUGACAAGAGCCUGAGUCACGUAGCCGAGUUAGUGAGACAAGCAAAGGAAAAAGUAGGAAACAAAUACGUACGACAAGUGGUCGAGUUAGUGAGUGAGACUCGGGCGAGUCCCGACUCAGUCGGGGUACUCAUCAUGUCACAAUGGUCAAGGCUGGGGCUCGAGAAGGUUGACUUGGGGAUGGGCCCACCAGCACAAGUGGGACCCAUUUGCAGUGAUCGAUACUGUUUGUUAGUGCCGGUACAGAAUGAGAUGGAUGGUGUGAAGGUGAUGCUGGCUGUCCCCACGUAUGGGGUUGACAAAUACUACAAAAAUUUAUUAUUGAAAAACAACAAAGCAGCUUGUUAAACCUACGAGAGUGUUACAACUGUAUUAAUGGUAUCUAAUUUUUAUUAAUAUAUAAUGAGUUGACAUUUUGAGAUA